AUGAAUGGUGCAUCGAGUUCCUUUGUGGACAAGACUCACAGCAUCAACCGAUCGGACUUGACGCCCUUGCCGACAGACCCGCGCAUCAAUGACGCGCCUCAGCUUCAAUCCAAAUUGGAAUGGUACUACUUCCAGUCACAUCUUACAAGUACCAUAUCUGAGGAUCCCGACCACACCGUCAUUGUGUGUAUAUUUCGCCAUUCUCCCGAUGAUGCCACGGCUGAUCACACUUGGGCUGUGAUAUACGCAACCCUUGACUGGAGGACACAAAAGUACACCACGUAUUCAAAAGUGCCUCCAAGAGUGCCUGAGUAUGCUGCAAGGGUGAUUGAGGGUAGCCACUCUUUACUCAGUACAACUAUUCAAAACAUGGUCGACGCUGGUCCAAAUAGCGAAGACGGAGCACCUUUCACACCGGAUACGCUCUUCACAAACCCUAUGCAGAUUCGUCAAUCAGCCAAAGGAGAGGGUCCCGCCAUACAGCUUGACUGGGACAACGGUGCUUUCUUGGUAGGUGAGAAUGGCUCCUAUCACCUAAAGGUUCCCGAGAUCGAACUCGACAUUCAAGUUCGCGCGACAAGACCGAUGAUGCUUCACGGUAAUGACGGAGUGACCCACAAAGACGACAAGCAUGCCAUGUUUUACUAUAGUUGGCCACGCACCGAAGCGGUGGGCGAGUAUAAGGGAGACAAAGUGGUUGGCAUGACAUGGGUUGACCACGAGUAUUCCCUGGACAAACAACGGAAACAGCUGAGUUCAGAUUCGCUGCCGCCUGGUUGGAUGUGGUUCUCAUUACUCACCGUCGGCGCCAAGCCCAUGGAGAUUUGUAUCACAAAGGUUUUGCAGCAUGGUGACGUUGCCGAGCAAUACAUCGUGUACAUGGACGAAUCGGGGCAGCGCCGCAGAGAAGAGGACUUCAUACUCACGUCGUGUAAACCAUGGGUCUCUGGCCAGACUUUCCAGAAAUUCGACACGCACUGGCGACUUACGAUCCCGAGCCGCAAUGUCGAUAUACAGAUUGAGUCUGUGACGCAGAACCAAGAGUUCCAAACUUGGAUUCGGUUACCGUCCUUUUACGAGGGCGCAGUUCGUUUCUCUGGCACUUGGGAAGGUGUUCCAAUUAAGGGCUUUGGAGCUAUGGAGCUGGUCAAUGAGUUCAACUCGUCGGACAAGUUCAUGGAACUAACGCUUAACAACGCAUCGUCACUCGUCCGAUCGGAAAUUGAGGCGGUUGUGCCACAGUCGGUCCGUCCGAAUCACUUUGAGCACAUCACCAACAUUCAGUUCGACAGCGUUGAGGAGAAGGUCGUUCAGCAGUCGAUUGUAGAUGCCUUCUACAUGUUGAGCAAUCGGGGAGGCAAGAACUGGCGUCCCAUGCUGUUCGGAGCGGCACUUGGGCUCGUAGGCGGCAACGCGAACGACUGGCGGCCAUUUCUCGUCAUCCCAGAGAUGCUACAUACGGCUUCAUUGAUCAUUGACGAUAUCGAAGACGAAAGCGAGACUCGUCGCGGGGGACCUUGUGUACACAAGGUUAUAGGAGUGCCAACAGCCAUCAAUGCUGGAUGCGCCAUGUAUUUCUGGGGGGAGACCAUAGUCAGGGAUAGUGAGGCUCUUUCAGAAGUACAACGAAGAGACUAUUACGCCACAUACUUCGAGAUGAUGCGGGUUGCACACAUUGGACAGGCACUCGACAUUGCUGGCAUGACCAUGGAGCAGCUACCGACCAUUGAGGAAGCAAACGCCAUGUUAUCUCGUGUCGUCAAUCUGCACCGAUGUAAGAGUGGUAAACCUGCGUCCUGCUGUGGCAUUGCCGGAUCGCGUCUCGGAGGUGGAACUCCUGAACAAACUGAGGCCAUUGGGGCUUAUGUUCAGAACCUAGGUAUCGCCUUUCAGAUCCGUGACGAUGUGCUCGACGUGCUAGGCAAGGUCAAAGGCAAAAAUGCUGCCGACGACCUGUAUAACCACAAAAUCACCUAUCCUGUGGCGAAGCUGUUUACUCUAGAUCAUCCUGACCGGGAGAAGUGGUUCGGGUACUGGGAGGACCGCGACGUUCCAGCUCUAGUUGAGGUGCUCAAGUCCUCGGGGACAAUGGACAUGUGCAACCAGGAAAUAGAGCGCAUGGUGUUGGAGGGAUGGGAUCUUGUAGAUUCUCUGACGCCUAAUUCUUUCAGCAAGGUGUUGUUCCGCAUGUUUGGGAACUUUUUGAUUGAGCAGCACUACUAG